AUGGACUCGAAUUCAUCUAGCUUUCUUUUGAACUCUUCGAAUUUUCACUCGGUUUUCUACCAGCAUAAACACGAUGACGGCAUAAUUGAUCUUGGUCUUAGUCUCGGAACGGUUCAUUAUGAUGCUUAUAAUUCUUCAACCAACUUGUAUGAUGAUGACAUUAUGGAAUGGCCUAAUGUCAAGAAUUCAAGCACGGCGCAUUCGAGAUCUGUUCAAGAAAGCUUUGAUGAAGAGAUAGAGGGGGUUCAGAGUAAUGAGAGAUGGGCUUAUGUGAAGGUUAACAUGGAUGGAGUCUCCAUUGGUAGGAAAAUUUGUAUUCUUGAUCAUGGAGGAUAUUCAAGUCUAGCAAUUCAAUUAGAGGAUAUGUUUGGUAGUCAAACAGUUUCUGGUAUAAGAUUGUUUCAAUCUGGAUCAGAGUAUUCAUUAUUCUAUAAAGAUAGAGAAGAUAAUUGGAGAGCUGUUGGUGAUGUUCUUUGGAAAGAGUUUGUAGAAUGCGUGAAAAGGCUAAGGAUUGCAAGAAAGAAUGAAGGCUAUGUUAAUUGA